AUGGCUGAACCAGUACCAACCCAAAUAACACAAGGAUGCGAUGAAAUUGAAGAUAGUGCUCCAUGUGAAGAAGACGAUAUUCAAAAACCUGAUAUAUGGGGUCGACUUCUAUCCAUUAAUAAGUAUUUUCCAUCAAUAAAUUUAACUGAAGAUGAAUAUUCAUUGGGACGCGGCAAAAAAUGUUCCAUAAUAAUUGAUUCAAAAGAAGUUCAAGCAACAAAAUUGUUUGCAACCUAUUCAUCCGUACAUUUCAAAAUAAUUCGUGAUACUGUAAAAAAUUAUGUUUAUAUUCAAGAUUUAUCAUCGAAUGGAACAUUUGUUAACGGUGACAAAAUUGGUAAAAAUAAACGACGCGUACUUGAUAAUAAUGCUGAAAUAGCUCUUGCAUCGAAAACAAAUCGUGUUUAUGUGUAUAUUGAUACGCAUGCUAAAGAAGACUCGACCAUACCACCGACUGUACGUGAUAAAUACAUUCUGUCGAAAGAAAUCGGUCGUGGUGCUUAUGGUGAAGUUAAAUUGUGUUUUAUUCGCGGUACUUGCGAUCGAUUUGCAAUGAAAAUUAUUGCAAAAAAACAUUUUACAUUAUUGGGUGCUCAAGCACAUACAUUUAAUCGACAAAUUGAAUUGGAAUGUUCAAUUUUGCGAGCACUUGACCAUCCGUGUAUUAUUCGUGUUUAUGAUGUUUAUGAUACGCCGAAUGCUGUUUAUAUUGUACUUGAGUUAGUUGAAGGUGGAGAAUUAUUUGAUCGUGUUGUAGCUAAUGGGCAAUUUGAUGAAUCGACAACGAAAUUUCUGUUUCGACAGAUGUGCCUUGGUGUAAAAUAUUUACAUGAUCAGUCGAUAACACAUCGUGAUUUGAAACCAGAAAAUGUUCUUUUAACAUCACCAGAUACGAAUGAAACAUUAGUUAAAAUAACAGAUUUUGGUUUAUCGAGGUUUAUCAAUGAAACAACACUAAUGAAAACAUUUUGUGGUACACCGAAUUAUUUAGCUCCUGAAGUUUUAUCUACACAUGGUGAAGGAAGUUAUUCUAAUAAAGUUGAUGUUUGGAGUUUAGGUGUCAUUUUGUAUAUUUGUUUAGUUGGUUAUCCACCCUUUAAUGAUUCUAUUAGUGGAACACCUUUAAGUGAUCAAAUCAUCAAGGGUCUUUAUACAUUUCCUGAUGAAUUUUGGUCUGAAGUUUCUGAAUCCGUUAAAGAUCUUAUUAGAAAAAUGAUGUGUAUUGAUCCAGUAAAACGAUUAACAAUAGAUGGUGUACUUGAACAUCCUUGGCUAGCUGAUGAUUAUGAUAAUACUGCUCGUGUUAAUAAAAUAAUGUUUCCAUCACAAACUAUUUCAACACCUUCUGCUGGUAAACGUUCUGCUUGUGACGAUGAGAGUCCAAGUACGAAACCAGUUGAUGAGAAACCAGUGGAAAAUAAUUAUGCUAGUGGUAGACCUAAAAGAGUUAAACAUUAA